UGGUCGCAUUGUGUGCUUAUUUUUAGAAUGUUCCGGCUAUUUGUUUCUGUCGGAGUCGAUCCGCCUGCGGUCCUUCUGUUUCCGUGUCUGGGAGGAGAGCAGUGGUGUGAUUUUCGAGGAAGCUUUUCAUCUAUCAAAAUGCAGGACCCAAAUGAAGACACUGAGUGGAAUGACAUCCUGAGGAAGAAAGGUAUUCUUCCUCCCAAAGAGGAACCUAAAGAUGAUGAGGAGGAGGAGCUGGCCCUCCAACAGCAGUCUGUUGUUAAAACAUAUGAGGACAUGACACUGGAAGAACUGGAUGAGAAUGAAGAUGAGUUUGGUGAAGAAGAUGAGGCUGCAAUUGAGAUGUACAGAAAGCAGCGUAUUGCUGAGUGGAAGGCGACUCAGCUGAAGAAUGUGUUCGGGGAGGUUGCUGAAAUCUCGGGGCAGGACUACAUCAAAGAGGUCAACAAGGCUGGAGACGGCAUCUGGGUGGUGCUGUCCCUCUACAAACAGGGCAUCCCUCUGUGUGCCCUCAUCAACCAACACCUGACUGUACUGGCCAAGAAGUUCCCUCAGACCAAGUUCCUCAAGUCCAUCUCCACCACCUGCAUCCCAAACUACCCAGACCGAAACCUGCCCACCAUCUUCGUCUACUUUGAGGGAGAGAUGAAGGCGCAGUUCAUUGGCCCACUGGUAUUCGGAGGAAUGAACCUCAAAGUUGAUGAGCUGGAGUGGAGGUUAUCAGAGAGUGGGGCGGUGAAGACGGACCUGGAAGAAAACCCCAAGAAACAAAUCGAAGACAAGCUAAUGUCAUCGAUCAGAUGUUCGCUUCCUGCAGGAAAGGACAGUGACUCUGAAGAUGAGGACUAUUAGAGAAAAAAAAACGUAUGUCACUGCCAACCAGAAAGGCUGUGAUGGCGCCACAUGAGAAACACUCAAAGGACCUUGAUGUAUCUGACAAUGAUUUGAGCAGGGAAAAGGGAACGGCAUCUCUAUCAAUAUACAGGCAUCAUGUUCUGUGCUUUCAUACAGGGCUCAGUCCAGUUUAGGGGCUCUUGGACGGGACACUUGGCUGCAGAGAAUCUAACCUUUGGCCCUGUUGUUGAAUCACCCAGCGUCCUUUACAUCUCUGAACAUCCGACUGAGUCUAUACAGAAACAUCAACGACAAACUUUUUUUUAUCACGUUUAAUGAUAAUUAUGUCACAAAAUGUACAUGUACAUUUAAAUCUUUUGCUCCAGUGAUUGGUGCCUGUUGUUUUUUUCUCAUAUUCUCAUUUUUUUGGAAUCCGUGUCACUGUUGAUUAUAAAGAACUUUCAUAAAA